ACUGCUACAAACCUUUGACAGCCCGUGGACCAAAAACAAACAAUUUCUGCGUAAAAUAAUCACAGUUUUAUGCUUUUUGCUGCUGUUUCAGUUUGCAAUAAUCCAAGUUUUCCAAAUAUUUCGGAAUGUAUAGAAAAAUCUACUGCUAGCAGCUAGCAAUACCUGCACGCACAGUGCUGAUUCGAAAACGGUACCAGCUCACACUGAAUUUUGACUGCUCCUUCCCUGCCGCAGCCCUUCCGUCCUCUAUCCCUUAAGUCUUGCUUUGUUCGACAAAGCAGGGUGAAAGAUCGUCCACAAAUCGUCAAAGGUUUUACGGAAAAAAAUACUCCAAGGGCCCGAGUAUUCGUGUGAAAAAGCGUGAAAAGCUUUAAAUAUCAACCUCAGAUUGCUACAUUCGGUGAUAAACUAGGUAGUUCCAACGUGCUUAACUCAGUGUUGGAAGACAAUCGUAAUCCACAGCCAACCAAAGCCAGUGUGUGUGCCAUUAGAAAAGUCACUUUCACUUUGUUUGACCGAGAAAGUGUGCUCCGGAACGUUUGUACGGGGUGUGACACAACGAAAAGCAGCAGCUUCUUUAAAAAACCCUCCUUCAAAAUGCCAAAUUCGAAUCGUUUGGCAACGCAUGCUGGUAGCUGGUACACGGAUUCAGGAGCUGAGUUGAACCGCCAGCUGAAUGGCUGGUUGAACGAUGCAGAUCUCACCUUUGGUCCCGCUCGUGCCAUUAUCGCUCCGCACGCCGGAUAUCGCUACUGCGGUGCCUGCGGUGCUUGGGCUUAUCGGCAAAUUAGUCCUGCCGUGGUAAAACGUGUGUUCAUUUUGGGCCCUUCGCAUCAUGUGCGUCUGUCCCGUUGCGCCCUAUCGGCUGUUCAGUACUGCAAUACGCCCUUGUAUAACCUGAAAGUGGAUCAGCAAAUCAACCAACAGCUGGAAAGUACCGGCCAUUUCAAAUGGAUGGACCAAAAGACGGACGAAGACGAGCAUAGCAUCGAAAUGCAUCUUCCCUACGUGGCUAAGGUGAUGGAAGACUAUAAAGAUCAGUUUACCAUCGUACCGGUGAUGGUUGGCUCGAUUACCAAUGAAUGGGAAGAGACCUAUGGGAAAAUCUUCGCACCGUACCUUGCUGACCCACAAAAUUUGUUCGUAAUUUCGUCCGAUUUUUGCCACUGGGGCCAACGGUUUCGUUACACAUACUACGAGGAAGGGUCCGGUCCGAUCUACAAAUGGAUCGAAACGCUGGACAAGAUGGGCAUGGAUUUAAUAGAAACACUGAAAGCGGACAGCUUCAGUGAGUACCUACGAAAGUACAACAACACCAUUUGCGGGCGUCAUCCGAUCGGCGUACUGAUGCAAGCCGUCGAAGAACUGAAACGCCGUGGUCAUCGGAUGAGCUUCAAAUUCCUCAAGUACGACCAAAGCAAUCAGUGCUGUGAUAAGAAAGACUCCAGCGUGAGCUAUGCCUCCGGUUCACUGAUAUUUGAGUGAGCUUCUCAUAUUAUUCUAAUAUGACUUCUAACGCGCUCAGCGUCGAAUGCGAACGUGCUCAUCGUCUUGCGUGUGUGUGUGUGUGAAUGAGUGUACUUCUUAUUUGCCUUACGUCCAGGGUAGUGCAAUUUUUAGUCCUCCUUCUGACCGACCACAAAAGCACGUUCCAUUCGUAUCAUUUGUGUCUAAGUGUGUAUGCGUGUUUCUUUUUCUUCAUUUCUUUCCCCAUCAGAAUAAGCAGCACCGCCGCAUGAUGUAAUUUGUUUCUCAUUCAAAAGCUAAUGUUAAGCUCAACAACAUUGUUGAUGGAAAAAAGAACAAAUUAGCAUUCUGGAAUGUAAUGUGCAAGAAUAUUUUAACUGAAACUAAGCAUAAUUAACGUUGCGCCCUUUUUCUCUCAUAUCGAAUUCUCAUUUGGACAUUGGAUUUAAACAUCAUAUCUUAUCAAAUCGUUUCAAAAGCAUAUUAUAAAGGUUAAACAUGAAAGGAAUAGUUUAAGUUUGAAUAAAUAAAAAGUUUUUUUACAUCGUUUA